CACGUUACCUGUGUCCCCAAACAAUUUUCAGUGUUUUUACAUGAUCUGUCAUUAUGCGAGCGCGCAGCAGCGUCCUCACCAGGCGGAAAAGCGUUGAAGUAGACACGCUUUGGUAAUGUUUGGUUUUCACGUAGGGUAGAGACACAACUGUGGUCAACAGCUAAGCGUUUUCUCUAUCCCUCACCUGCACUUUACCUGUACCGUUCGCAUCCACCUGUUGUCCCAUCGGCGGCAAUUUGGCACAUAAAAACGGUCGGACUGGGAAUAAGAAAUGAGAUGAGGUUUUUCCCCUAUAAGUUUGGAUGUCUCCUGGCUUUCGUGUGUUUUGUGUCGGUUACUUGGAUUACAUCGAUUCCCAAUAAUGAAGGUUCAACGGUGCUGCCUGACUUCCAGACCCUCUACAGGCGUCUGCUGGUGGCUGAGGACCUGGGCGGGCAGGUCAGCAGGAAUCUCAGCAGCAUCCUGGAACAGCUGAAUGACUUGUCCAAAAGUGCUAGCAAUACCCAUCCCAACAGCACAAACUUUAAAGGAAUAGGAAAGCUACCUAUUGGCUAUCGAACAUUCCUUCUGCCCAACAUUUACAUCUUCAUGCCUCACCUCAGAAAGCAUCGAGACAGCCUCGUACCUAAUGUAGUGCUGGGACAGGGACGCCGUGGAGUGUCCAUUGUGCUCGGCAUCCCCACCGUGAAGCGUGAGAAGCAGAGUUACCUGGUCAACACACUUAGCUCUCUGCUUUUCAGCCUGACUUCCUCACAGUGCCAAGAUCUCGUCAUCAUCGUCUUUGUUGCUGAGACAAACUCAGACUACGUGAACAGUGUAGCAGAGACCAUCAAGAAGAAUUUUCCCAAGGAGGUGCAAUCUGGAUUGCUGGAGGUGAUCUCUCCUUCGCAGUAUUACUACCCCAACUUCACCACCCUUAAGGAGACAUUUGGAGACUCCAAAGAAAGAGUCAAAUGGCGGACGAAGCAGAAUCUGGACUUCAGCUUCCUCAUGCUCUAUGCUCAAGACAAAGGAAUCUUUUAUGUUCAGUUAGAGGAUGAUGUUGUUGCAAAGUCGAGCUACUAUGAUGACAUGAAGGCCUACGCCACAAAGGAAGAUUCAAAGCCAUGGCUCUACCUUGAGUUCUCCCAGCUUGGAUUUAUAGGCAAGAUGUUUCGGACCCGUGACCUCCCAAUGAUCGCUGAGUUCUUCCUCAUGUUUCACAGAGACAAACCUAUUGACUGGCUGUUGGAUCACAUUCUGUGGGUGAAGGCUUGCAACCCUGAGAGAGAUGGUAAACACUGCGAACAACAGAAAGCAACACUCAAGCAGAGGUACAAGCCUUCCCUCUUUCAGCACGUUGGUCUUCACUCCUCUCUGCCCGGGAAGCUGCAGCAUCUGAAGGAUAAAGAUUUUGGGAAGCAGACUCUGCACAAGGCCCACAAUAACCCAACUGCAGAGGUGAGGAGCAGCUUGAAACACUACCAGGAGCACAGUUUGGAAAGGGCUUACAAAGGACAAGACUUCUUCUGGGCAAUUACUCCCGUCGAGGGUGAUUACAUCCUCUUCAACUUCUUCCAGCCAAUCCACACAUCUGGGUACCUGUUUCGCAGUGGCAAUAUCGAGACCAGUGGAGAUAAAUUCUUCAAUACAACAGUGGAAGUACUGCCCAGCAAUGAGCUGACAAGAGACAAACCCAUCGGUCCUCGCUACAGGAAGUCAGAGGAUGGCUUCAUCAUUGUUGGUGAAUUUGAGAAUGGAGUAGCUGAAGGUGAGAUUGACGCAGCACUGCAGCCGGUCUCUGCGCUACGCCUGGUGAUCCACUCCGACUCUGAUGUCUGGGCUCUGCUGAGUGAGAUACUCAUUAAAGUUUGACGACCACAGAGACAAAGGAAGCUCUCGCUCACACAAAGUGCAAUAAGUGCUCCACCUGCUGGACAAAGACUUUGACUGCAUGGACUUCUAAAAGCAGGUUUACAUGAAGUGCCUAAAC